UUGGCUAUGCAGAGUAGCUCGACGUUUCGACAUCAUUUUCAGAACGUUUUUUUAUUGUAUUUAGUUAGUAUUUCUUAAAAAAUGGCAGAGCUUAACACAACAGAGAAAAGUUUAGCAGUUAUACCGCCCAAGAAAGAAGUGACGCUUUUCAAAGUUCCUUCAUCAGCUCCAGCCCCGAGAAAGAAAAAGAAAGUUCUUGAUGAAGAUGAUUACGUUCGCAAAUUGGAAUCUAUCAUUCAGCGGGAUUUUUUCCCUGAUCUAACCAAACUUCAAGUCCAGGCCGCUUAUUUAGAAGCCAUGGAAACCAAUGAUAUAGUUAAGCUGAGAGAAAUUUAUGAGAAGUACAGCGUAGGCCCUGGUGUCCAUGAUUCACGCAGGGGACAUGCCACACCAUCAUCUACCUUUGAAACACCUACAAGAGAUUUCCAAGACAAUGUGUCUGUGCACAGUUCAUCAACAAACACAUCCAAAAGGACAACUGUAGAAGUCCAAGAAAGUUUGGACGAAUUUCUAUUUAAAAAUACGAGUGAAGAUAACGAAAGCUUUGAAGAAAUGAUGGAUGAAGCCAAGAGGAAGCACAGACUAAAGUAUUCCUGGCUGUAUGAUGUAGAAGACGAUAGCAAGUCAAAGCAAGAAUCAAUGUUGGCAUUACCAUCAAUCGAAAAACAGGCAAUUGAGGAUUCUAAGCCAGCCUUGGUUGAGACCUGGAAUUAUAGAGUUAAAAACUCUAUUAUGUAUGUUCCAGAAGGAGCACCAUAUACCUUGGAAGAAAGGGUGAAAUAUGCCCUUGAUAAAGACCACAUUCAACACUGUAAUACCCAUUACCAGUCAAACCCCUUUGACGAGUCGCGCAACAGGGAAACAUUGCAUAAAGCUGCCCAGCUGCAGACCAAUACAAGACAGGGUCACGUUGACGUUGACGGAAAAGAAAUCAAAUCAAACGCGCCUCCAACCGUUAAUGGUUUUGAGUUCAUGAAAACUCCAUCCCCUGUACCUGGCGUGGGUGCAUCCCCGCUUAUGACAUGGGGAGAGAUUGAAGGAACUCCAUUUCGCUUAGACGGCUCAGAUACUCCGCUUCCAUCUUCCUCCGCUGGCGUCGGCGCUUUCCAGUUGCAACCCGUGUCUGAAAGAGACAGGAUCGGCCACAAAUUGGCUGAGAAGGUUGGUCAAGGAUAUCGAGAUCGGCGUGGAAGGAGUCGACCAUCUGCUGCUUCAAUGGCGUCCCCACGUUCUUGUAGCGGGACCCCUUCCAAAACUGCUGGGACUUUGAGUCAGAGGAUCGCUCUCAUGUCUCCGGCUGCACGGCGCUUGGCUACAUCAAGGCUAGGAAUCCGUCUCAGCAGUGAUCCCGCUUUACAAGCAUCCUACACCCCCCGACACCGCACAGGAGAAGAGACGCCUACUCCUAUCCAAGGCAGAACACCGUCAACUCCUUCAUACGGGACACCUCGCUCUUCGCCAUUUAUUAGAUCUCGGGGUUCCAGUGCUAACCUAACAGACAAUCUUCUCCAAUUACCAAAGCGCAAGGCCGAAGAUUUUUUCUGACCAGUUGCAAGCUGACAAAUGAUGGAUGUUUUGUUGCGUUUUCCGUUUCCCCUGGAUACAGUGUUGAACAACAGCACUGUUGAUGUGAACUUCUUAAAAUCUUUGCAAACAAUACAAAUGGCAAAAGUAA